AAAAGCAGCUACAGGCUCCACCUUUAUUCUCAGGGCUAGCUGGGAAGCAAGGGGUGGAUGACAAAGAAUCUGCACAAAGUACCAUAUAUAAAUCUUAGAAGCUCUGCAAGCAGAGAAGCAAUCUUUGCGCAGCUUCUUGAGAGAUCAGGGUGGAUUUGCAGCAACCUCGAAGCUAGUUCAAACUAGUGGGAGGUUGUUUGCAGGAAGAGAAAAAUUUCUAGUUAGUAAAGUUAGUGAGAGAGGUUAAAGAAUACCAAGAAAUUUUCAGUUGAAUAUUGCUGAGAAAUGGCUCGAGGAAAGGUUCAGAUGAAACGCAUAGAGAAUCCAGUGCAUAGGCAGGUGACCUUCUGCAAGCGCCGAGCUGGGUUCCUUAAGAAGGCUAAGGAGCUGUCUGUGCUGUGUGAUGCUGAAAUUGGAGUUUUCAUUUUCUCCACCCAUGGAAAGCUCUAUGAACUGGCCACCAAUGGAAGCAUGCAAGGGCUCAUUGAGAAGUACCUGAAUGCCACCGGUGGUUCUCUGCAGCCUGACCUUCCCAACCAGACACACCCUCUUGAUGCAAAAGAGGAGAUCAUGAUGUUGAAGAAAGAGAUUGAGAUACUCCAAAAAGGAUUAAGCUACUUGCUUGGUGGGAGAUAUGCAGAGAUGUCAAUUGAUGAAUUACUGAUGCUUGAAAGAAAUCUUGAAAUUUGGAUUUGCCACAUUCGCUCAACAAAGAUGGAGAUAAUGUCUAAAGAGAUCCAGCUGCUGAGGAAUAAGGAAGGAAUAUUGAAAGAUGCAAAUCAAUAUCUCCAAGAUAAGAUAGAGGAGACUGUUGAGCUAAGCAAGUUUGCAGCAAUGACCACUAAUUCUCCAUAUCCACUAACUAUACAGAAUGAAAUAUUUCAGUUUUAGUAUUUCUGAGAUGCUUUUGCCUCUCAGACAUAAUAAUAUUGUUGUCCUUCAACAAAUUAUUAUUACUCACUGCUUUAAUAUUUACUAUUAAUAAUUUCAUUUGAUAUUUCCCUUU